AUGCCAAUGGUGGUGCGGUUUGGUCAGUAUGCUUCUCUCCAGAUAGUUCUACAUUAGCAUCCAGUUUUGGAGAUGGUUCCAUUCGUUUUAUGGAAUGUUUAAACACGAAGAUAAGAUGCAAUAUUAAAAUGUUAUAACAAUCAUGUUCAAUCAGUUUGUUUCUCUCCUGAUGGUACUACAUUAGCAUCUGGUAGUGAUGAUAAGCAUAUCAAAUUAUGGAAUCUUAUAACCAGAAAAUUUAAAUUGAAAUUAUGUGGGCAUACUAGUCUUGUCAAUUCGUUUUGCUUUUCUUCUGAUAGUGCCACAUUAGCAUCUGGUAGUGAUGAUAAGUCUAUCCGUAUAUGGCACGUUUAGACAGGAUAAUAAAUAGCCAAAUUGGAGGGUCAUGAUAGUUUUGUAAAUUCAGUAUGCUUUUCACCUGAUGGUACUUUAUUAGCAUCUUAUAGGGGUAUUCUUAAUAGUGGUAAAGAUUGUUAUAUCCGCUUAUGGGAUUUUAAGACAGGAUAUUAAAUCCUAGACUCGGAUAAAAAUUUAAAGGAUAUUCUUGCCUAAUUAAAAUUACCUCAUUAAGCUAAUUCAUUAUUCCAUAAUAGUAUUAAUUUCUAAUUUUAUUAGCUACCACACCAAUUACAAUUCUUCUUAUUUCUCAAAAACUUAUAUUUUAAGCAGAAGGAGCUCUGAUUUUUAAUGGAUAUUUUAUGAAUCAAUUAGGUAUUGAUUUAGGAUUACUCUUAAAAUAAAAAGGCUCCUAUUUAUUCGAAGGCUAAAAUCAAUUUUUAGAAAAGCAAAUGUGA